GGACAAAGGACGGAGAAAGUGGGCGAUGCGGAGCGACCGCAGGGCGAGUCACAGACCAAGUACCACAAGGGCGACCUCCAGGGCAACAAGGGUGCGCAGGGCAAAGGUCGAGGAGGCCGAGGCCAGUCGUGGAAGGACAACAAGAACGGCUACGGCGGCUCUUGGGGGCAGCCCAAGCAUGGAGGCCACCAAUGGGGACAGAGUCACCAGCCUCCCCCCGCGGAUCACCGCGGCCACGACCCAUGGAGCGAGGAGAACCAGGUGAUCGACAACUCGGAAGACUACCAAGCAGCGCUGCGGAUGAUAGCGAAGUUGGUGAUCAGGCACGAACAUCAAAUCAUGAUAGGCAGGCAAGAUUCGGGGUUCGUUGUCUUUAUCCAAACGGGGGUCCCCGAGAGCUUGGCGAAGACGACCCACAUGAUGGCUCAAAGUUGGCACAACAUGAAGGCCAACACGCCGGAAAAGCUUACGUCCCCGAUGAGGGUCAUUCUCUUUCAACAUUUGGUAAAAACGGUGGCAGCACAAUUCGAAAAGAUGCUGCAGACGCCGUCUUCGAGGUCAUCGGCGAUCGAGAUGGGCCUGCUCAACAAGAACGAGGAUGCCAUACCGGGACUCAGAUGGGAUGCGGAGCAACGGAAGCACGUCGAGGACCCGGAGGUUGCCCAGGUGCCCAUCACGACCGUCCGGGAGGCCCUGCAGGAGAUCCUUCUCUUGUGCACGAAGCCGCUGGUGAUCGCCCGGUACCAUGCUACUCGCAAGCUGGCUGCGGAGUACCAGGGCCCCACGCUUACCAUGAUGCUCGAGGUGGGCAUGAGAACACAUGCACAGAAGCGCUCUCAGCCAACGCAUUGCUGCCCUGACGCAGUGAUCCGGCUCCGGCUGAUCAACACGGGGAAUGUAUGCUAUGCCAAUGCUACGCUGAAGUGUGUGGUCUUCGCUGCAUUGACACAGGGCAACCUACAGGCCUGGUUCCAAGGGGGGAUGCUUCGGUUUGUGCAGGGGGUGCUGCAGCAAGACGGAGCCACAGCUCCAUGGGCACACCCAUUUUGGGUGGCAACAAUGCAGGGAUGGCGACGACCGUCCCAGCAACAUGAUGGGGUGGAAUUCCUUGAAUUCUUCCUGGGUAAGCAAGCUGAGCUGAGAGCCAAGCUAGAGGUCCACUGGCAGGCCCGGGCCCAAUCUAGUGGGUCGUACAUCGGCAUGGAUGGGGGCACAUCUGUACCAUUACUGAUCCAGCCACCGGAAACCCGGCUCCAGGAGGACAUGUACAGUGUUUCAGUUCAGGAAAUGGUAGAUGCGUGGCACCUACAAGAGGCCAUGCAUGCCGCGCUGACGGCUCCUCAGCUUCUCGUGAUCCAGGUGGGUAGAUUUGCUUUUGAUCGUAGUCAUGGCAGAGCUACGAAGCGUAGGUUUGCGGUUGUUCCCGACAUUGAACUUCGCUUUCCUGUGUUCGCUGAUGAUCUUCAUGUCAAUCACAGCAACUACCACCUGUGCUCGAUUUUGGUACACAAAGGACUGACUCCUGAUAGUGGUCAUUAUCAGGCGUUGCUCUGCGGGGCUGAUACAAGUCGCUUUUGGCUAGCGGAUGAUGGCGAAGCCGCGACUCCCGUGGACGAUGCCUCUAUUAUGCAAUUCUAUCCUGAUGUUUACAUGCUGAUUUACAAGUUGACUGAUUGA